CAUUUUCUUUCCACUCAUUUCUUGGUCUCUGUGGCGAUGAGUAGACCAGCUUUCCCAUCUCCAAGCUAUUCGUACAGUGGGCAUGAAUCUUAUUCCCGAUGGAUCGUUCCAGUAACUUUAUGGUUAUGUGUUUCGUUGAGUUUGCGGUAUGGGUAUUACGGGAACAGCCAUUUGACGUUGGGACCAAAUUCGUCGCGGUUGUUGAAGGCAAGUUCUAUCUUUGUAGACGAGAUUCAGAUUAGAGAUGAUGUAAAGAAAGGGGUUUUUCUUUAUGGGUUCCGAGAAAAGCCAGAAUUGAGCUUGGAAACUAACUGGAACGUCUCAAAUUAUGUCAUUAUUGGAUCAUACCGUAAACAGGAAUUCGCAUUGUGGUUGAACGAGGGAUCAAGGAUCAGUUUGAGAUGGGAAGUUCAGAGUAGUAAUUUUAGUGAUAGUGACCUCAUAAUUCUUGUAAUUAAAGGAGAGCGGAGUUUCAAAACAUUGGUUCCAUAUUCCACAAAUUCCUCCCAUUCCCUCGUUCUCAGCAGUCCAACAAAAGGCAAGGGAGAAGUUGGAUUCAUAAUUGAGGAAGCUGACAGUUACUAUGUAGAAGUAGUGAAUACGAGUCCCAAAAGCAUUACAAUGGCAUUGAGCAUCAAUGUCUGGUCAAAGAUGUAUGACACAAGCAAAGCAGCAAGCAAUUGUUCAACAAUAAAUGGGUCGUGCCAACUCAAACUUCUCUUCCCCAGAACUCAUUUUGUCGUUCUAACAACUCCCAAUCAUGGUGUUCUUGAUGAAUGGUAUAUUGAGCUCUCCUUCAUUGCUCGCCUGAUUGCUUAUAUUGCAAUUUUAGGAUUUAUUGUGGUUAUCAUUUCACUGAUUUUGAAAUAUCUAGGAGCCUGUGAAGGCCAGACAAUGGUGGAGAGAGAAACAGAGGAAGUAACAGAGAAUGAGACCAGUCCAUUAUUGCCAGAGAAGAGAAUUCAAUUUUCUUAUGGGACGGGUGAAGAAGAAGAAGAUCCUGAGUCAAGAAUGUGUGGCUCUUCAGAGGACUUGUAUGAUGGAAAGAUAUGUGUGAUUUGCUAUGACGAACAACGGAACUGUUUCUUUGUUCCUUGCGGUCACUGUGCCACCUGCUAUACAUGCGCCCAAAGGAUUGUGGAUGAAGAAAACAAGGUAUGCCCCAUAUGUCGAAGGCUCAUUCACAAAGUAAGAAGAUUGUUCAGUGCUUAAGAGGAGAUAAUUGUUUCUCUCUCCAUAGAGGUUUUGCUUCUUGUUUCUCUUGGUGAGAGAAUGAAUGGGUUGCCCCCAUUCAGGGUUUAAUACCUGAGCAAGAGAUUGAUGGCUUUGUAAUUGAGUUAGAGAUUUUAGUAACUUGUGCGUGUAACAUAAUUAGGACAAUAGAUUUCUGUUUACUCAUGGGGUCAUGAAGAUUCCUCAAUCACUUUUCGAAUAAUUGAGAGUAAUUAAGCUGUAUUGGCUUAGGAUUUGGGGUCGGCUCCAUGCCCAGACGGGAACAUCUAUAUGCUUCCUUCCACGGUUCCACUCCA